AUGCAGCACGUGCUCGGCUUCGUGCCCCUGGCCCACCUGGCCGGCGACGUGGCCCGCACCAGCCGGCUCUGGCGCAGCCUGGCCCUCGACCCCGCCCUCUGGCUCCCGCACUGGCGCCGCCUCCACUUCGCCCGACCCAACGUCGAGCUGCCCGAGAACGAUGCGCGGCGGGGAGUGCAGCCGCCGCCCGAGGGUGCGUGGCGCGACGAGAGGGGCAGCGAGAGCGAUCCGUGGCUGGUCGACGCCGGCCGAUCGCUUCAGCAGGCCUUCGAUGAUAACUACCCCAUCGACUGGCGCCGCGAAUACCUCCGUCGCAAAACUCUGCGGGUUCUGGUGGUGACCUACCACACGUCCCACAACAACAACUACGACAUGGACACCAUCAGGCAGCUGAAGAAGUUUGGCAUUCACGCCGACAUAUGCCACCUCAUCUAUGUCGACUACGAUGACAACCUCUUCAUGAAGUAUGACACGAUCAUCUACUUCGCCGCCAUGUCCGGCAAAAUCACUGGGCGACGGCCUCCGGCGUUUCUCAAGUCGGGCGGAGGCGUUAUCUUCUGCAUCUACACGCACAUGAAGAGCUACCAGCUGCAGGGCAAGUGGACCGAGAGCUUCUACCCCAUCAAGCCCGCCAAUCGGCUCUAUCCGCCGGUUGGCGACGCCCACCAGAAGCGGGAGAAGAGCAGACACCCGAUCAUGACCGGCGUGCGCAACUCCCAGAUCGACACCACGCGCCACGGCAGCCGCUGCCUGGGCCAAAUCGAUCCCCUCGCCCAGGUGGUGGGUGAGUACGAGGACGGGGUGCCGCUGGUGGUGGUGCUCGACGGCGAGGCCAACCGAGCCAAGUCCCGCGAAGAAGAGGAGAAGGCCCGGCGGGAGGAGCAGGAAGAGGCCGCCGCGGCCGAGCAGAAACAGGAGCAGGGGUCAGAUCGCAGCCAAGCCGGAGAGCGAUCGCCCGACGACAGCAGCGGCGAUGACAUGUGCGAGUCGGGGCCGCAACCGCAGCCGCAGCCGGAGAAGCCCGCCAAGCCCGACCAGGAGGAGCAGGAGAGGGUGGUACGAUUGGAACUCGGACAUUCCGCUGCUGCUGCGGAAUGCCGUUCUGGGGCGUCUCCCGCACCCGACUCCUCCUUUUCGCACUGA